CCCCCUACUAAACUCGCCCACGGAGCUUGUAGCCAGGGCUCCUGCAACAAACAGCUGUGGAAGCCUUUGGGAAGCAGAGACGCAAGAGGACAUCAGAGGAGAGAGGGAAAGAAGGAAAGAGGCCCAGAGGCCAGUGUUGCCGUGGCACCCCUAACCAUCAUUCAAGGCACCCCAGGGUGCCUGGCUGAAAACCACUGGUCUAGUGAACAACCCACAGCUGAGAUUGUAACUUUGUCACUUGUUGCUUUCCCAGUAACACUCUGUCCAGCCAUGCAGUAGAGUUUUAUUAUAAGAUGAGGAUGGUGAUUAUAACAAUAGCAACAACAGGUUGCCACCUCUUUUGAUUUAGCUCCCUUUAGAACCAGGCUUGACCUUACAAGAAGAAAAGAUUCCGGGGCUGAGCCCAGGCACAAACCCAAUCCAGAAGUGUAGCCAGUUUGUUCUGGGAAAGACCUGACGAGGAGCACCAUCUCUGCACCGCCCGCCCGGCCCGCUCUCCCCCUUUCCUCGCCCCUCUGCUGUGUAACUUGACCUGAGCAACCAGCAGCAGAGGCGGCAGCUGUCGGCGGGCGGAGCUCCCACUCCCUGGCGCUGCAAGCGGGCGCCGCUCCCAAGGGCCUCCCGUCGCCUGCUCGCCUUUCCCCGGAGACGGGGCGGCAUGGCCCCGGGCUGGGCUUCAGGGAGCGCCCUGCUGCUGCUGCUGCUCUCCGUUAGCCCAGAGGCGCUGGCAGGUAGGUAUCGUUUUACGGCGAAAGCUAUGUGCAUUUAAACAUUGCCGAAUCGUACUCAACAACUUCACUGAAAUUACGUUUUCAAACAAGCAGACCAGAUGGGUUACUUUUUCUCGCUGCAGGAAAAGACAUUUAUCUUUUGGUGGAACUACAUUCCGGAAAUGUGCAGUGGCUCUCCAAGGUCUGAGGCAGGGACAUUCUCCAGCAAGACCACCAGGAGGAGCUGUUGUUGGAGGUGCAGUGCUGUGGAACUACCCUCCCAACACUGGCAUUGCUGCUGCUUACCUGGACUAUGUGGGAAGGAGGCAAGGUAUCAGCAGGGUCCGGGCUAUACAGUAUAAGAGUGCUGGAUUGAUUCUGCCAGUGGGCCAUGCAGCCUGACCUUGCCAUUGCUCUGCUUUGCCCGCACGCCAUUCAGGUGAGAAUCAAUCUUGGAGCAGGAGAACAAGUCCUCCGUUCCCAAGGAAGUUCCCAGCUGAAUGAUUUAAAGCGGCACCUAAUAGAAGUCCAUUGUGAAAGAGAUAAUGUUAUACUUGUGACUAACAAAAAUGAUCAAGCUGCCACAAAAUUGCCCGGUGUCCUGUUUGAACUAAACUUUCAACACGGCCUCUAUGUUGGCGGAAGUGGUGACCUUGAUGUUCCGUACCUCAAUGGCGCACAAACAAAUUUCCGGGGAUGCAUUGAAGAUGUGAUAUUUAACCAGCAUGACAUCCUGUCAUCCCUGAGACCGUCUCCUAGGUUUAAAAAUGUGCACGAAGUGUCACUGGGCUGCAGUGAUGAAUUUUUUGCAGGUGAAGAGGAACCUAUUAGUUUCUUUAGCUCCAAGUCGUAUGUUUCUUUUCCACCUUGGAACACCCAGACUGAAAGAGUCUUUGAGUGUACAGUGCAGACCACAGCUCAGAGAGGCUUGCUGCUGUACAGUUCCGGUCCAGCAGGAGACUUCGUUGGAAUGGAAAUUGAAAAUGGUCUAAUUAAAGCUCAUCUUGGAAAGGGAAAGAACAGAUUUCAGCUUUCUUCCCUUAGCCCUGUCAAUGAUAGCCAGUGGCACUCUGUCAAACUGAAAAUCUCUGCAAAAUAUAUUGAACUCCUGCUAGGCGAGGAAACAGUGAAAAAAUCAUUACCCUCGCACACUAAGCUUCCUGUCCUCAAGGAGGCCUUUUAUAUAGGUGGAGUAAAUGAUAUUAUCCGUGCCACAGUGCUGAAGCUGGGGUUAACCUCACUUUCUGGGAGAUAUGCUCAAGGGGGGUCAUUCAGAGGCUGCUUGAGAGAUUUGAAAAUUAACUCAGAAAGGAAAUCCUUGAAGGAUGUUCUUGUGACUAAGGAUAUUUCACCAGGAUGCAAAACCAAGAGCGCCUUUAGUACAAAUCCUGUUGUAGCGCCUGAAAAACAACCUGUUGGAACAGCAGCUUCCAUGUCUGCUGUCAGUGCCGUAGCAUCCAAACUCCAUGGGAAAGAGAGUCACGGCCACUUUGUAGUUGUAAACAACUUGAUUGUUCCAGAGGGUGGGCAAGCAGCGCUUGAAUCUAAGCACAUUAAAGUCAAUGUCGAAUUCAAGAAAUUAGGGAUUCGGCAGUCGCAAAUCCUUUUUAAAGUUAAAGACCAGCCAUCUCAUGGCUAUUUGAGGUUGGAUGUCGAGUCAGAGCAGGAAGAAUCUACGUUCACCAUGCUAGAUUUAUGGCAAGGCAGAGUUCUGUAUGUCCACGAUGGCUCUGAGGAAAGCUACGACUAUUUCACUUUCUCAGUUUCUACGAGCAGUAAAAAAGAGAUGCCUCCAUAUUUGCAAGGAAACAAGAACUACAUGUUCACCAUUACGGUGAAGCCAAUAAAUGAUGCUCCAGAGCUCACACUCCCCAAUGGGAACUUGUUUCUUCUCCUUGAGCAUUCGAAGAAAUGCCUGGGUGUAGAUUCAAUAAAUAUUUUGGAUGAUGAUACAAGUGCUGCAGAUCUCAGUAUUGCAGUCCUGAAUGCAGAUGCUGGAUUUCUAGAAAAUUCCAAGAUGCCUGGCAAGGCCAUUACUGCCUUUCCUUACAAAGACUUACAAAAUGGCAAUGUUUUCUUUGUCCACUCUGGAGCCAAGAACUCCAGGAUUGUUCUACGAGCGAGUGAUGGGGGGAAAGUCAGCAACACAGUUGUGUUGCGUGUCGUGGCAGUUCCUUUGGAGUAUAAGUUGGUCAACAACACAGGGGUGGAUACACUACAAGGCGAAGCAGCUUUGAUCAGACCCAGUAAUCUAGCCAUCGAAACAAAUGCCUUCCAACAAGAGCUAGAUAUACGAUACGAGAUCACAGAGCCACCCCGUUAUGGAGAAAUUCAGAGACAGCAAGCCGGUGGAGAAUGGAAAGAGGCAAACUCUUUUUCUCAACGCUCCAUUGAACGUGGCCGCGUGAGAUAUGCUUCCACCUUCAAAGAAAUUCUGCAAGAUAAUCCCCUUGAACACUUUAAAUUUAAAGUUAGCAUUGGCAGCAAAAGAAGUGAAGAGUUUCUGUUCCCGGUCACGGUGAAAUGGUUGAGGUACAAUUUAUUGAGACAUGUGCCACUGGUCAUUGACAAAUCAAAGAGGGAGUACCUUAGCUCAGAUCAUCUUCUUGCUGUGAUAGGAAAAGUAGAAGUGCCAGGAAAUGAACUUUUUUACAAAUUGCAGUCCUUGCCCGAGAAAGGAAACCUUCUGCUUUAUAACACACAUUUGCAAAUAAAUUCAACAUUUAGCCAGCAGGACAUUUCUGAUUAUAAUGUAGAAUAUCAGUUAACCGAGAGGCCCCGCGAAGAAACGGAAGACUCGUUUCAGUUCUUAAUUUCUACAAAAUACGUGGAAUCAAAUAUCUAUGAUUUCAAAAUCAGCAUUAAAGCAGACCCACGAAACAUUAUUUUGACGAACAAUGGCCUCACUGUUACUGAGGGUGAAGGGAAACUGAUCACGAAAUCAGAACUAUUUGCACAAACCUUUGCCAAUAAGACCUUCCAGUAUAAAGUUACAAAGAGUCCGUGUCAUGGAAAGUUGAUGCUUAUUAAUCUUUCAGAUUCCCAGGAAAGUAACCAUAACAUCAGCAGUUUCACAGAUCUGGAUAUAGUUGGUAGAUAUCUUAUGUAUGUACACGAUGAUUCUGAGACGCAGUAUGAUGAAAUCCAUAUCACAGCAACUGCCAAGGAGUCGGAGGAACAGGUGAGCUCGGACCCGGAAAUGGAACCCCCUUUAUCGGCAGAGAUCAAAUUUAACAUUUCUGUCCAGCUGAAAAAUGAUGAGAAACCACUUCGUGUCAUAGAUAAGGUAUUUCAUGUUGUUAAGAAUGGAAGGAAACUGCUCACCUUGGCUGACCUUUGCUACCAUGAUCCCGAUACUGAUUUUGAUGAUAACCAGUUAUUGUACACCAGGCGUGGCAUUCCUAAUGGAGACUUGGUUUUUGUCAAUGAAACAUCUCAUAGGCUGUAUCAGUUCAAGCAAGAGGACCUGGCACAAAGGCGAGUCCUGUUUCUGCACCGUGGGGCAGACUACGGACGCUUUGUGCUGUUUGUAACUGAUGGGAAGCACUAUACUUCCUCACUUCUCGAAGUAAGUGCUUCCGACCCUUACGUCCGUCUAGCAAACAACACUGGGUUAUUGAUCCAGAAAGGACGAGAGGGAGUGAUCACUACAGCUAACUUGAGCGCUGCCACGAACCAAGAUAUUAGAAGUGAACACGAAAUUACGUUUGAGGUCUCUUUACCUCCAAAGUAUGGACAGGUCUUGGUAAAUGAUUUAGCAGUGGGCACUUUCAGUCAGCAUGACCUCAAAGUAAGGCGUGUGACGUAUAGACAUGACGAUAGUAACAAUUUGGUUGACACGUUUAACUUUACAGUUUAUGCUCAAGGUGUCCAGUUGGACGCCGAAAUGAACAUCCGUAUAUUCUUGGAAAGUCACCAGCGUCCGCCAGUGAUCGUAAAUAACGGCAGACUUUUGGUUGAGGAAGGGAAACCAGUCAAGAUCACUAAAGGAACAUUGCUGGUUGUGCAUGAAAACAGUUUGCCAUCAGAGAUAGAGUUCAACGUAAGGUCAUCUCCAAUGUAUGGGUACCUUCGGAAGUUUGCAUCAGAGGAAGGCUACCUCGGAGCAGAAGAAAAUCCAGUUUUGUCCUUCACCCAGGAAGAUAUCAGUGAUGGUAACAUCCAAUAUGUGCAGACUGUCUCCGGCCAACUCCAAGACUGGCUUUCCUUGGACGUGACCAAUGGAAUUCGGGGAGUCAGUGGAAUAGAAAUUGCUGUGGACAUCAUUCCAAAAGUGAUCCCAUUAGAAGUACACAACUUCACAGUCACCGAAGGGGGUUCAAAAGUCCUGGAUGAAGAUGUUAUAAAAAUCCCUAAUAGCUAUUUUGCAGGGCUCAAAUGUGAAUUUGGUUUGAUUGAGCCACCGAAACAUGGGAGGAUUGCAAACUCUAACUUUCCUGGAAUGGCACUGGAUAAAUUUACCAGAAAACAGCUAGAACAAGGAUUCAUCUUUUAUAAUCAUGAUGAUAGCGAACAGCUACUUGACAAUUUUACCAUCAUAGCAAACAGCACAGAACUGUGGAAGCAAAGCUUGCCUCAAAUGAUAUUUGUGACUAUUUCACCCAUAAAUGAUGAACCCCCUGUUAUAACACGAAACAAAAUACUUCGGGUCUGGGUAGGAUCAGUCACUGAAAUAACUGUGAAUGACCUCUGUGCAGAAGAUAAAGAUUCUUCUCCCGCAGAACUCUUGUACUCUAUUUCUCCUCCAAGCAAUGGUCACUUGGCACUCAAGUCUUCUCCAAACAAAAGUACCCUUAAUUUUACCCAAGCUCAUAUUGAGGAAGGACAGUUAGUGUUUGUCCAUAAUGGGGCCAUGUCUGGAGGCUUCAAUUUUCAAGUGACAGAUGGUCUAAACUUUGCACCUCGACAAAUUUUUAGCAUCACAGCUCGAACUCUGGUUAUUCGCUUAGAAAAUAACAAUGGACUAGCUGUCUUUCCAGGUUCUAGGAAACCCAUUACAUCUCACCAUCUAAAAGCUGUCACCAAUGAAGUAGCUGAGUCGGAAAACAGAACUAUACUAUUUACUGUCGCAAAAUCCCCGAAACUUGGAAGACUCAUCAGUGUCUCUGGUAACAGCACACACAAUAUUACAAGUUUUACGCAAUCUAUGGUGGAUGGAGGGAUGCUCAUCUACAAGCAUGCAAAUAAGGAGGCAGUUUCUUGGAAUGAACAGGAUUAUUUUACCUUUACAGUCUCCUCCCCACCAGCAGCUCUGGAUCCUCAGGUGUUUCUCAUUAAUAUUUCUUACGAAAUUAAAGGACAUGAUCAGACCACUCAGCUACUUGCAAAUACAGGUGCUGUUGUCCAUGAAGGAGGCAAGGUUUUAAUUGACAGAACUAACCUAGAUGGUUCAAAUUUGCUCUUUAAAUUACCCGAGUCACAGCGUUCUGCAUAUGAAGUAUGGUAUCAAGUUACAUCAUUGCCCCUGCAUGGCAGAAUUGUGGUGGGAGAAAGAAACAUUACUAGGGAGAAACCCAAUUUCUCCCAAUACAUCCUUAACAAAUUUGGAAUCACCUAUAUACACGAUGACUCUGAAUCACUCAUGGACCAGUUUAUUUUUGCUGUGUGGCUAAACCAGAAAGGCAAGUCUGCAGCAAAACCUGAUUCUGGUGUUUUAGAAGAGACAUUUAAUAUCACUGUUGUGCCUGUGAAUGACCACACUCCAGAGCUAAAGACAAAGCAGCUACAUUUGAAUGUAUUACAAGGAGAUACAGCGGUUCUAGGACCAGAAAACCUGAAAGUGGAAGACUUGGAUAACACCCCGGAAGAGAUCAAAUACACUAUCAUAAGCAAUCCCCCAAAUGGCUACCUAGCACUGCAGACUCAUCUCAACGAAUCCAUCAAUGAUUUUACACAAGCUGAUGUCGAUGGUGGCAGAGUCUGGUUUGUGCAAGAUGGAACUUCUUCCUCUGGGGUGUUCUACUUUAGCGUGACAGAUGGAAAACACCGUCCGCUGUACAAGCUGUUUAACCUUGAGGUGACACCCAUGUCUCUCACCUUGGUCAACCUAACAGAGGUGGUGCUUUCACAAGGGCAGAGCAGUGUUCCUAUUACGAAUGUACACCUUUCGGCGACCACAAAUGGGAGAAACGCUGAGAUCAGUUUUGAAGUAACAGAACCCCCCAGAUACGGGCAUUUAUUGAUUGACAGUGAGCGCGUCACCAAGUUUCACCAAGCCGAUUUAUAUGCAGGUAGACUAGUGUAUUGUAUGACGGACCUCACUGCAACUGGAGAUAGGCUGGGAUUCACGGUGUUCACGUUGGACAGUAAUCUAACGGGACAAGCUAUGAACAUCACGAUCCAGCCUCUUGUGCGAACGGCACUUGGCUUGAAUAUUUCAAAUAGGGUGGCUUACAAGCUAAAAGCCAGCGACCUGGAUGCUUUGCAGCUGGCAAACUUGACAAACAGCAACCCCAGGUUUGAAGUGAUGGUGCCUCCAGCUUAUGGGAAACUGCUAAGGAGGUCAUUAAGCAAAUCUAAAAGUGAAGUUGCGUUCACACAGAGCGACAUUGACAAGGGUGCUAUAUUCCUCGAGGCAGAUGCCAAUAUGACAGGGGUUGAUGUAUUAAAUGAUUCCUUCACAUUUGUACUCAGAGCAGACAAAGUGCAGCCUGCCAUGGGCCAGUUUCACUAUGCCAUAGUGGCACAUGAUCCCUCGCUAAUUCAGAUGUUUACACCAGAAGUGCCUCUCUUAACUACUAGUGCAAACAUUUUAAAGACUUACACCGUUACAAAAAAUGAACCCCUGAUUUUUCUAGAGGGUGACGGGCACACUGAAGCACCACGCCACACUCCGUGGCAUAACCAAAAUCACCAGGGGCAUCAAAAUGAUAAAGAAGCAUGGUUUAAUGAGGAGGUUGCAAGGGGCAGAUCUGCCUGGGCUGAGACCACCAUCAAAACAAGCUCCAGAAGCACCUGGAUUCAGCCCCCUCAUAGCAGCAACCGACUGUUCAUCAUUGUACCGCUCGCCGCUGUGGCAGUUCUGUUCAUUGCGAGUGCGGUGGCUGUUUGCGUCUUCCUAAUGUGCCACAAUCCCAAAAAGACCAAGCCUCUCGUUGCAUGCCAGCCACCAGCAGCUCUCAGCAACCCAGACUUUUGCCAGGAAAGGCGUUUGACUGUCCCUGUGGUCACAAUGACACCCCUGCUAGAAGGUGCAGGCAAAACAACCACCUUCCCAUUCAUGGCGGUCAGACAGGAGCAUCUUCAUCCUGUGCCAGUUGCCCCAGCUCCAGCCAAAGAAAGUCUUCUGCAAAGUAGCUGGUCUAGACUUGACCCGGAAAUGAUCCAGCACUGUCGGAAAACCAACCCAACUUUGAAGCGCAAUCAGUAUUGGGUCUAGUGUGCCAUUGCAUCGGCUAUGGAACAUGUGGGCUUCUGCCAUUUUGACACUGGGUUGCUUUUGAUGGUGUGUAUUUAUUUUAGGUUAAAAUAUGCAUUCCCUGGUUGUUGCAUCAUUGGAAGCCCUGGCAGGUCAAGUGAAUCUUAGUGGGCUUUCAGCUAGAUCGGGGUCAGAGAACCUCAGACCCUGGGGCUGAAUGUGGCCAUCCAGGCAACUUUACCUGGCUUCUGGGACUCUUGCUCAACCACCCUCCUUAGCAGUCCUGCUUUGCAUCCUCCCUGAGUCUGUUUGCCUGGCUAGAAUGGGCCACUUCAUCCCACUUUGGGUGGCUUGGCAGUAGUGGGGGAAUAUCUAAGGUGAUGUGCCUACUUCCCAACAUGCCUCAGUGCUAUUCUGCUUGGAGCAGCUCGUAUUUCCAGAAUUAGUGCAUGGAAGAGCUCUUGCAUCAGGGUGAGGAGCCUUUAUUCUGUUGAGUACUGCAUUCUCUCAUGGGUUAACCACCACAUCCUAGGGGUACUUUGGGCUUGAGCCAGAAGCGGGCAGAGUCAGGCCUGAAAUGAGUGAACCUCUCCUUUUCUCUCUCUGCCACCUUUUCUUUUGGUUUCUGCCCCCUCCCUUCUCUCAAUCCCUUUCCCUCUUGCUACCCGCAAAGACUUAAGCAGAGGGUCACAUCCUUGUCUUGCAUAGUAUAGAAAUAGCCGGGGACAGAAGUGUCCUAAAGGCAAAGGUAGUUUAGAGGCUGAGCUUCGGGCUUAACUGAUAAACUGCAAGGAGGGUGUAUUUUGGGGUCUCAGAGCUACCCUAAGUCACAGGGAAUUGGUGCAACAUUCUGUAUAGUUCAUAAGCACUGUGAAGCUUCCAGAUUGGCCAGGCUUUUGCCUUGUCAACAGAUGUUAGAAUGAAGAUGGAGCCCUGAUAUCUAACGUGACUUGCAGGGUUUGCAUCUGCCAUAGUUUGCUGGUUUGGCUGUAAUGGGAAGCUAUGGUUUGCCCCAAACCAGGAAGUUACGAAUCAAGUGGAGCACACGGGGAAGAAGGGUGUGUGCAAACACAGGGCUUUUUCAAGUAUUGCCAAGUAUGGUUUGGUGUGACAGCCAAACCAUAAAUAUCUUAUCAAUCACAUAAUACUUUGUAUCCUUCUAUGCACAUUUGUAGACUUAGGGUUUCAUGGGUAAAAUAUGCAAUUUUUGACUCGAGAGUCUCUAUUUUCAGAAAAGUGUCCAUUUUGGUACUUUUGCAAUCAGCUGGGGAAUGUGUACAAAUGCUUCUAUGCAACAACAAUUUUUAAAAAUCAAACUUGAUACCAGCAGUUUUGCACCCUCUCUCGUAUACCGAGCCUACUUGCUUUCAAAAAGAUGUGGAUAUUCUCCUCCCCCACCAAAAUAAUGGGCCUGGUGCUAAUCUCUACCACAUCCUUUUGACGUUUGCACAAUUGGAAGGCACAAAUUGAAGACAAAACAGUGUCAUUGUGAUUUUUAAAGGUAUUUGUUUAGGCCUGUGAGCAAGGACGCCACAAUUCUCUUGAGCAGAUGAAAUGGAUGGCAUAGGGCAUGUGCUAUAGUGAGCCUUCACUGCUUUGUGUGUUUUUCGUUACAAAUGCUGAACAUAGUUAAAAAAUACAUGCUUCACCUCUCAUCUGUAUAGCAAAUCUGUAUGGCCGUCGGCCAGUCUGCCGCAUUAUCUUUAUGUUUAUGCCUUAGUCUAGAGCAAUAUAUCCUCUUGUAUAUUGCCAAGCCUGGGCCAAAAUUCUGUCUCGAGUUGCACAAAAUAAGAACUGAUUUAGCUUGAAAAGAGGUUCAAUAAGAGCUCUGCAUCAGAACAGCAGAAAUGAAGCGGUUUUGUUGUAUCACAGAAUGUGUUCUUCGGACUACUAUAUGAAGUUGAAACAGAAAUACACUGUAAAACGCAGCAACACACCAUAACUUACCACAAGUCUGUAGAGUCAAGUGUGAGCCACCCGUCACAUACUGCGGUCUGCCAGGGACUUAAUGUCCAGUUUCUCUUGUCCUAGGUUGCCCACAAGAUAUACCUGGUGGUCUGUGUUCAGCUGUUGGGUUAUGAGCUGUGGGCCACUCUGAAAAUUUCAGUUCCCCACAUUUCCUGAUCAGUUUGUGAAUUUUCUUGAGAUUUUUUUUUAAGUUUUCAUGAAAAUUCACCAGCCCUUUAGUGCCAUUUUUUCCCAAUAUGCUUAGUUUUAUAAAGCAAUUUCCCUCAAUAUAAUGCAUUUUUCGUUUGUUAUUUUCACAAAUACAUGCUUUUCUAUGCACCAUAAUGCAUGCGCGCGCGCACACCCACACACACCCAAUCAUUACUUGACAGGUGAACUGCACUGAAAAAAAUUAGAGAAAUGUGAAUUUCAAAGGAUGGCUGAGUUUUAGUUCACAUAUUGUUUUGGAAAGUGCGGAUUAGGUUUGCCUUUAAAGGCAAACUGGAUCAAAUUUCUCCCCCAUCCCUAGUUGUGGGGGCCUGAUGCCAUUCAUGCUUAAAAUCCCACAGAAGACUUUGCUGCACAGUCAGUGCAUUAUUUUAUUCUUGUUUGGUUGAAACUGCAUUGCUGCAAGCUUUCAGUUAUCAUUUCUAAGAAAAAUACGCUUUUUUAAAAAAUUCAGGUAAGCUUUAUUUGAAAUGUUAAGGCGAGUAUUUCUUCUAGAAAUCGUAACUUAAAGUUUGCAACAGUGCAAUGUAGCUACCAAAGGGUCCAACCUUUCCCUCUACUUUAGAUAUUGACAAAAUGUGUGCUAGUUUCAAAAGGUGCAGAAAGGAGAGGUGACUGUGUGUGUGUGUGUGUGUGUGUGUGUGUGUGUGUGUGUGUGAGAGAGAGAGAGAGAGAGAGAGAGAGAGAGAGAGAGAGAGAGAGAGAGAGAGA